AUGUCUAUAAACGACGAGAAAUACUGGAUAAAAAAUUUUGCAAAAGCCUCUGGCGCAGCUACCGUCACGUCAAAGAAAACCAAGGUUUUAACGACGGAUGCUUGUGGCCCGGCUGGAUAUGAUACGGCUUUUAAUAUGCAAAUGUCUAAGAAGAAACAGAUAUCUGAAAAUAAUGCUAUAAAGGAAGCACAACAAGUGCUUAUUAUGAAGAAAGCCUGGGAACUUGCUACAUCUCCAUUAAAACAGGUUCCUAUGAACGCUAUAAUGGCCUACAUGUCAGGUAAUAGUCUUCAAAUUUUCAGUAUCACCAUGACCGUCAUGUUGGUUUGGAAUCCACUGAAAGCUAUUACGCGUACUCGCAAAUCUUUCCAACCCUUCAUCAAUGCCACCUACCAAAAGCUCAUGCAGCCUAUGGUAGCUUAUGUUCUUUGUCAAUGUGUCCUGAUGUUAAUUGCUUUCUUCAAGUUAAACUGGAUGGGACUUUUGCCAACCACGACGAGCGAUUGGAUCGCAUGGGAGAAGCCUCGCGAAUUUACUGAGCAUGUAGUGCAUUCUAUUCAUUAG